ACCAUAAAAAGGAGUAUGUUCUUAAAGUUUUCUACACCAAAAAUUUGUGAAGGGCAAGGAGAGCCGCUGGCGAUGGGGUGUUCAGGACGACUCCUGUUUUAUUGUUCAGUCAUCGUAUCCCUUGCUGCUCUCGCCCUAGCAGAUGAAUCUGAUCCUUAUUUUGAGUGUCGAUACGUUGAGGACAAAGGAAACUACACUGCAAACAGCACUUACCAGGCCAACCUCAAUCGCAUCGUCUCCCAACUUUCCUCUCUUACAGAAUUCAAUUACGGGUUCUUUAAUCUGUCUGAAGGUGAAAGCCCUGACAAGGUCAACGCAAUCGCUCUAUGCUCGGGGGACAGAACCCAAGAUGAAUGCAACAGUUGCCUUAACCACACCGCAACAGUGCUCCUGCAGCGCUGCCCCUGGUACAAGGAGGCCACCGCAUGGUAUCAGUUUUGCUUGGUGAGGUACGCCAACCGAGACAUCUUUGGACAACUGGAAAACGAGCCCCGUACUUGUGCCUACAACGAAAUGAAUGCAUCGAACCCUGAGCAGUUCAAUGAUGGAUUAAGUAAACUUUUGAAUAAUCUGAGCAACAAUGCUGCAACCGGGGGUCCUCUUCGCAAGUAUGCAGCUGGUAAUGCAACGGCUGGUAACUUGCAAACGGUAUACGCUGCGGUGCAGUGUACUCCUGAUAUGGACGAGCAAAAUUGCACUGCUUGUCUAAAUUACGGACAGCAAGAGUUUUUAAACUGUUGCAAGGGAAGGAUAGGAUGCAGGGUUCUUAGACCAACUUGUAUCUUGAGGUAUGAGGUUGACCCCUUUUAUCAGACUCCAGUUCCUCUACCGUCACCGCCACCAUCUCCAACACCACCUGGUCCAACUUCUCCUCCGACGCCAAUAGGAGGGAAGGGCAAUAACACUACUCGAACUGUCAUCAUUGUUAUUGUGUCAGUUGUUAGCUUUCUGAUACUAAUUAUCGUCUCCAUAUCCAUCUUUUCAAGACGAAGAAAGCCAUUGGAGAAAGUUGAAACUGCGGAUGUUCAGAUUACUGGGGCUGAGUCCUUGCAAUUCGAUUUUGCAACUGUUCUGGUUGCAACUAAUAACUUUUCUGAUGCAAAUAAGCUUGGACAAGGAGGAUUUGGAGCUGUUUACAAGGGUCAGCUUCCAAAUGGACAAAAGAUUGCUGUGAAAAGAUUAUCUAGGGGUUCUGAACAAGGAGAUUUAGAAUUUAAGAAUGAGGUCCUGUUAGUGGCCAAGCUUCAACACCGCAAUUUAGUUAGGCUCCUUGGUUUCUGCUUGGAAGGGCAAGAAAGGCUUCUCAUCUAUGAGUUUGUGCCUAACGCAAGCCUUGAUCAUUUCAUAUUCGAUCCAAUUAAGCGUGCACAGUUGGAUUGGGAAACACGCUACAAAAUCAUAGCAGGCAUUGCACGAGGACUCCUUUACCUUCACGAAGAUUCAAGACUUCGGAUAAUUCAUCGUGAUCUCAAAGCAAGUAAUAUUUUGUUAGAUAUAGACAUGAUUCCUAAAAUUGCAGAUUUUGGAAUGGCCAGGUUGUUUGGACAAGAUGAAUCACAAGCCAAUACUAGUAGAAUUGUGGGAACCUAUGGAUAUAUGGCUCCAGAGUAUGUUAUUAAUGGACAAUUCUCAAUAAAGUCAGAUGUCUUCAGCUUUGGUGUACUACUUUUAGAAAUCAUCAGCGGUCAGAAAAGUAAUCGCUUCCAUUAUGAAGAGACUGAGGAGUACCUACUGAACUUUGCAUGGAGAAAUUGGAGAGAAGGGACAGCAUUGAAUCUCAUCGAUCCCACUUUGAGUGAUGGUUCUAGAGAUGAGAUCAUGAGAUGCAUCCAUAUCGGGCUACUAUGUGUUCAAGAAAACGUAGCUAGCAGACCAACCAUGGCUUCGGUUGUUUUCAUGCUGAAUAGCUUCUCCACCACCCUUGCGGUGCCGUCACAACCAGCAUUUGCUCUGCAGAGCAACAAUAUCGAAUCCGACAGGUCAUCUUCAUUAGGAAGUAAUUCAAGGUCAUCAGAGUCCAACCAAUCCAAGAACAAAUUACUCCCAUUAUCCCAGAACGAGGUUUCAAUUACUGAACUAUCUCCUAGAUAGUGAUUGGAAAUUGUAAGCUCAUUAUCUUGAAUUUCAUUGCUAUAAAGUAUUAUGUACUAGUUCAAGAUGUAACUGUAUAUCUCACCAAGUGGGGUGAAAGUUUGGGUAGAAAUCUCAAACUUAUAUUUUUUACUUAUUGGCAUAAAAAAGGGUACUGAUGUUGCUUAUGAUCAUCACUACCCAACAUGUGUAACCUCAUUGUAAAUUUUUUUGGGUAAAAUUUAUCCAUUUCUUUGCUCUUUUUAUGUA